UUAAAAUGGAAAGAUAGGCAUACGUGGCAGGACCAGGAGAUCAAAACUGGCCCCACCGGGCCCAGUCUUUCACCAUCUAUAUAAAGUCACUGCCACGCUUACCAUUCACCAGUGUUGACUCAGCAACUACCAAAACCCUAAUUUUCAAAAUCAACAAUGGCGAUGAGAUCCACCAUGACUUCACGAGCUUCUCUACUUCUUCGUGCAAUGGAUUCUUCAAGCUCUCGUUCAUCCUAUCGCUUUUUCAGCGAUCAAGGUCGCGUAUUAAGCGAGGAAGAACGUGCUGCUGAGAAUGUUUACAUCAAGAAAAUGGAGAAGGAGAGGUUGGAGAAGCAAAAGCUGAAAGCGGAGAAGGAGAAAGCGAAAGCGGAGAAAGAGAAUGCUGAAAAGAAACCUUAAGGACCAGGGGGAUGCUCGCAUACUGCUGACAGUUUGAUAUUCAUGCUGCUGCUGCUAAUCCGUUACUUGAAACUAGUUCGGAGUAAUAAAUGUAUGUGGUUUUCAAAAUGUUUUCUUGUGACUUUGUCUCUGUACAGUGUGACAGUACUUCUGGAUGUAUGGACUGUAAUGUUGUUUGCUGUUCUCUUCUAAAUGGUUUUAGCACCACGUUGGUUGCGUGCCUCGUUCUUUCUA